AUGUCUGUGGUGUCGCUCUUAGGCGUCAAAGUUCUAAAUAACCCUGCACCGUUCACAGCGCCUUAUGAAUUUGAGAUCACCUUCGAAUGCCUUGAACAGCUGCGAGAAGAUCUCGAAUGGAAGCUCACCUACGUUGGCUCGGCGACAUCGGCGGAGCAUGACCAAGAGCUCGACUCGCUACUCGUUGGGCCUAUUCCAAUUGGCGUCAACAAGUUCAUCUUCGAAGCCGAUCCGCCUAAUCUUUCCCGCCUGCCCUCUUCUGAGAUUCUUGGUGUGACCGUGAUUCUCUUGACCUGCUCCUACGACGGACGAGAGUUUGUACGCGUUGGAUACUACGUGAACAAUGAGUAUGAUAGCGAGGAAUUGAAUGCCGAACCCCCCACCAAACCAGUCAUCGAAAGAAUCCGCCGAAAUGUCCUUGCGGAAAAGCCAAGAGUCACCCGGUUCGCCAUCAAGUGGGAUUCCGAAGAGUCUGCUCCAGCCGAAUAUCCUCCUGAGCAGCCUGAAGCCGAUACCCUGGACGAUGACGGUACAGCCUAUGGCGCGGAAGAAGCAGAGAUGCAGGCUGCACUAGAGAAAGAACUUGAAGAGACAGAAGCGGCCGCUCGGAAAGAAGUGAACGGCGAUCAAGAGAUGACAGGUGCGAGCGGCAAGGCCAAAGAAGAUGACGAGGCUAGUGACGACGGAAGCGAAGAUCUCGAGGAGGAGAGCAGCGAAGAAGAUGAAGAAGAAGAUGAGGAGGAGGGCGGUGAAGGUGAAGAUACCGAGAUGGGAGAAGGCGAUGAAAAGCCUACCGCCACCGCUGAGUCAAAUGGCGAGCAAAGGACAUCGACAGAACCGCAACCCGAAGUCAUGGUACAUUAG